GGAGGCGGCGUGCGUGUUUUUAGAAGUGAUUAGUUUGUAUGAAACCAAGAGGCAGAGGCGUCUCCAGCUACACGUCAGUAUUGAUCCGGACGGCUCGUCUGUGCAGCCGAUAGUAUUUUGAUGGCAUUCAUCAGCCUUAUUUGCUAGGUUAAUUAGCUGGCUACUUCUGGGAAUACGUCGUUAACACUGGGCCGCAUCAUCUUUGGACAAUGAGGAAGAUUGCUCUACUCCUGAUCGUGCUGCUCGGCGUUGCAUGUUUAGCGACUGUCAGUAGAUGUGAAGAUGAUGUUGCAGAAGAGAAAGUGGAGACUGAUGAAGAGGACAGCGAUGAUGAGGAGGAGGAUGAUGAUGACACAGAGGUGAAAGAGGAGAAUGGAGUUCUUGUUCUCAACGACAACAACUUUGACACUUUCAUGGAGGGCAAGGACACAGUUUUGAUUGAGUUUUACGCCCCAUGGUGUGGCCACUGUAAGCAGUUUGCCCCGGAGUAUGAGAAAAUCGCUCAGACUCUUAAGGAGAAUGACCCACCUAUACCUGUAGCCAAAGUUGAUGCUACGGUAGCCAACGACAUAUCGGGCAGGUUUGAAGUGUCAGGCUAUCCCACCAUCAAGAUCCUGAAGAAAGGGGAGCCUAUCGACUACGAAGGAGCAAGAUCGGAGAAAGCUAUCGUGGCCAAAGUAAAAGAGGUGUCUCAGCCGGACUGGAAGCCCCCUCCUGAGGCGACGCUUGUGCUUACAAAAGACAACUUUGAUGAGACCGUUGACAAUGCAGACAUCAUCCUGGUGGAGUUCUACGCCCCUUGGUGUGGACACUGCAAGAAAUUGGCUCCAGAGUACGAGAAAGCAGCUAAAGAGCUCAGCCUGCGUUCUCCUCCCAUCCCUCUGGCCAAGGUUGAUGCCACCGUGGAGAAUAAGAUCGCUUCACGCUUUGACGUCACAGGCUAUCCUACCCUCAAGAUCUUCAGGAAAGGAAAGGUGUUUGACUACAACGGACCCAGAGAGAAGUAUGGGAUUGUUGACUACAUGGGCGAGCAGGCAGGCCCUCCCUCUAAGCAGGUGCAGGCACCAAAACAGGUGCAGGAGCUAAUCAAGGAUGGCGACGACACUGUGAUUGUGGGUGUGUUUAACGGUGAACAGGACACAGCCUACGAGAUCUACAUUGAGGCCUGUAACGCUCUGAGGGAAGACUUCACCUUCCGCCACUCGUUCAGCCCUGAUGUGGCCAAACUGCUGAAUGCUUCACCCGGUCAGGUUGUGAUGCUUCAUCCAGAGAGGUUCCGCUCCAAGUACGAGCCAGCGUCACACACUCUAACAGUGAAGGACUGGACAAAAGUGUGGGAGGUGCAAGAGUUUUUCAAAUCACAUGCAGUUCCUUUGGUGGGACACAGAAAACCAAGUAAUGAUGCUAAACGCUACACAAAGAGACCCCUGGUGGUUGUGUACUAUGGGGUCGACUUCAGCUUUGACUACAGGAAAGCCACACAGUUCUGGAGGUCCAAGGUGCUCUCAGUGGCCAAAGACUUCCCAGAGUACACGUUUGCCAUUGCUGACGAGGAAGACUACGCUGAUGAGCUGAAGGGCCUGGGUCUGAGCGAGAGUGGAGAGGAAGUGAAUGUAGGAAUUAUGGCGGCGGAAGGCAAAAAAUAUGCCAUGGAGCCUGAGGAGUUUGACUCUGAAGUGCUGAGAGACUUUGUGAUUGCUUUUAAGAAAGGGAAGCUGAGGCCCAUCAUCAAGUCCCAGCCAGUGCCAAAGAACAACAAAGGACCAGUUAAAGUCGUGGUAGGAAAAACCUUUGACGAUAUCGUCAUGGACACCCAGAAAGACGUCUUGAUUGAGUUUUAUGCUCCAUGGUGUGCAUAUUGUAAGAAACUGGAGCCUGAUUAUUUGGCUUUGGGCAAGAAAUAUAAGGGGGAGAAGAACCUGGUUAUCGCCAAGAUGGACGCCACAGCCAAUGACGUGCCAUACGACAACUACAAAACGCCAGGCUUUCCUACGAUAUAUCUCGCCCCGAGCAACAGCAAGCUGGACCCCAUCAAAUUCGAAGGGAACGAUAGAACAGUAGAGGGCUUCAGCAAGUUUUUGGAGAAGUACGCCACAAAGCUGUCACAGAAGAAAGAUGAACUCUGAAAACGGCGCUCUCUGUGAGUAGCUAAGAACUCAAACCAAGCUCAAGUGAGGGCGGCAAGCCAGGAGGCUUCUGGGAAGGUGAAGGGAACAAUGAAAAUGGAGUUACUGUGAUGAUUACAAUCAUCUUUUUAGUUUCUGUUCAUUCCGAGAGAUUCAGCUUUCUUCUGUUUCUAAAAGCAUGUAAGCACUGUUGAAGAAUCUUUUUAAAUAAAACUCAAAAUGAUGGUGGCUUUGUGCGCC